UGUGUCUUAAUUGUAAAUAUAAACAACAUCGCGGAGCUCAAGAGAAAAGUUUCCUUGUUUCGAUCAUUUUUCGACAAUUCGGUUACUACAGUACUGCAUGAAUGACAUAUAUUUCUUCACCAGAGUCCAGAGUGGUGACUACAUGUGACCUUGGCGAAGGCAUUAUUACGCAAAAAAGACCAGAAUCAAAUCGCACACUGAUGGAAUUCUAAACCUAUGCCCUGGUAUUGACAUCCCCAUGCAAAGAACAGUGUCUGGAAUUUUGAAUAUUUCUGUUUACAAGCGACAUUGCAUUUCUGUUUGGAGCGAUAAUGUGUCGAUGAAACAUAAGUAUUUUCAAAGUUGGAAUGAAAAAACAAUUUGUUAAAUUUAACAACCACCCCUUGUUUUAUCAUAACGUCGGCUGUGUUUAAGAUCGGCAUUGUAUCCUUAUUAGCAACUAGUGAAUGACAACCGCGGUUGAUUACAAUUAUACGCUGAUCUGUUACACCUCAACCAACUACAGAGGCGAAAGAAAUAGGGAAAAUAUAAUUAAACUCGCCUAAUUGAUUGGUAUUUCAGAGGCGUGAGAUAGAGAAAGAAGAAAUCAUUAUUUCAGACUCAGCGUUCCAAUUAAAGAAUUUAGUGUGAGGAUGUUUGUUUGGGAAUAUCAAUGACUUCUUAGUGCCAUGGGAUUCCUACUGUGUAACGUCGCUUUGUGGACUGUCGUAAUAAUUCCUCACACAGUUUACGGCAGAGGUUGCUAUCAAGAUCCGAAAGUGUAUAUUGUUAAGCUAAGCUAUGAAAAACAACUGGUAUUGCUACUGAAGGCGAAGGAAAGAUGUCUUACGACACGGAAGAGCCCCCAGACAUCGAUAUCAGGUCUUUACUGUAAUCAGACAUUUGAUAAUGUCGUCUGCUGGCCUGACACAAGGGCGGGAAUUGUGGCAGAACAGAACUGUCCAAACUACAUUAACAACUUCGACACACGAGCACAAGCUCGUCGCGAGUGCUUAGCAAAUGGACAAUGGUACGUACACCCCGACUACAAUCAGACAUGGACGGACUUCACGGAGUGUCAAUACAAGGAAGGUUCCCCUAUUCCUCUGGUGCUUCACCUCCCGGGGAUAGACAAACUCAAUUUCAUAGGAUAUUCCAUAUCUCUAGCAUGUUUGAUUGUCGCUAUGGGACUUAUGAUAACAUUGAGGAGGUUGCACUGCCAGAGAAAUGUGAUUCACAUGAACUUAUUCGUUUCGUUUAUUUUGCGAUCCAUAAUUUGUCUCAUCAAAGACGUGUUUCAUACACCGGAAGGACGUUCAUCCGUCGUAAACAACACAGCAAUACUGACAUCAGAAGGAUCGAACUGGACGUGUAAGCUUGUGUUUACGUCGUUUAAUUAUAUCCUUGUGGCCAACUACAUAUGGAUUUUUAUUGAGGGAUUGUAUCUACACAACAUCAUUUUCAUAUCAACGUUCAAAAAGAGCAAACGGUUCCAUUUGUACAUCUUAGCAGGAUGGCUGUUACCAGUUGUUUGUGUUAUUCCCUGGAUACUGGUCAGAAGUUACCUAGAAGACACAUUGUGUUGGAGCACUCACACAGCUCAGAAUAAGUUUGUUUGGAUCAUAAGAGGACCUAUAGUAGCCACCAUUGUGGUCAAUUUCAUUUUUUUCAUCAACAUAAUACGGGUUAUUUUUACAAAGUUAACAGCAUCGCAUAUGCAUGACAGCCAUCGCUAUCGAAAGCUAGCCCGCUCCACCCUGGUUCUAAUCCCUCUUUUUGGUGUGUACUACAUGAUAUCUGUUGUAAUGCCAGAAUGUAUGGAUCCAAGUGUGGAACUUAUCUGGCUGUAUGUAGAGAGUGGAGUCAACUCAUUUCAGGGUUUUCUCGUGGUGUUACUUUUCUGUUUUCUUAAUGGAGAGGUUCAACAAGAAAUACGUAAGAAGUGGAACCGGAAGUGGAAAUUACGCCGGUUCAGCACUGCAUCAUCUCGAUCAACUAGAACUCUCUCGAUGGGAUCAACAGUGUUAUUUAAAGACAAGCAUCUCCCAGCUAUGAUUCUUCGGAGUGACAUUCCUAAAGAGAAUAAAAACGGUGUUAAACAAAAUUUUGAAUUAAAGAAUUUGUGUAAACAGUCUGACUGCAAUCUCGAAGAACAUAAAGAUGAAGAGCAUGAAUGUAUUAAAUUAUUAUAGUCUCAAAUCUAGGGCUGUUGGUUUUUUUUUUUUUUUAGCUUUGAUUGGUUCUCUCUAUUGAGACCUUAAAUGAUGAUCUGUAUGUUUUUAAAAAUGAAAAUGAAUAAAAAUUUCAUAGAAAUAUCA